AUGGAAAAUAAAAAUAAAAAACUGAUUUUUGUAAAUUUUUUGUUUAGUAAGAAACAUGGCAUGGCAGUUGAAAAUGCAAUAAAUUUUCGUGAAAUUUGUAGUCUACUUGAUAUUUCAGAAUCUUAUAAAUGUACUAUUAAUGCUUUUUUAGAUAAUGUUGAAAAGUGCACAGAUAAACAUUAUAAUGAUGCUUUAAAUCUCUUAGACACAUUUUUUUCCAAUGAAGUAAAGUCUAAUAGUUUAGUCAAUGAUUUAAUUUUCUGUAUUAUUAAUUCAAAUUUUGAUUUUCUAAAAGUGUUUAAAAGUAACAAGCUGCGAUUAGAAAAUCUACAAAUAGUUUAUGAAUCAGCAUUUAAUGAAAAUAAGCCUUUUUUAAAAGAAUUUAGUGCAAAAGAUAAAAUUAAUAAAGAAGUAAAAAAGAAUUUGUAUUCUACACCCGCUGUUACAAGAUUUGCGCCCGAACCUUCUGGUUGUCUCCAUAUUGGACAUCUUAAAGCUCUGUUGGUGAAUUAUAAUCUUGCGGAAAAAUCUAAUGGCACACUUUUGUUAAGGUUUGAUGAUACAAACCCAGUAAAGAAUUACGAAAAAUAUGAAAAAGAGAUACUUAGAGAUUUAGAUACACUUGGUAUUACUGGUCUUAAGAUUUCACAUAGUAGUGAUUAUUUUGAGUUGUUAGUUGAUGAAGCUGUUUCUUUAAUUAAUAAAAAUUUAGCGUAUGUUGAUAACACAGACCAAGAAACAAUGAGGAUCGAGAGAUUUGAAGGAAUAGAAUCUAAAAUGAGAAAUAUAAAUAAUUCCGAAAGUCUUAAAAUUUUUAAAGAAUUAUUGCAAGGCCGUGCGCCAGGAUACUGUCUUAGAGCUAAGAUUGAUAUGUCUAAUCCCAAUAAAUCGAUGAGAGAUCCAGUAAUUUAUAGGGCUAGUGAUAAAAUGCAUGGAAGAUGCAAAUUGUAUAAAGCUUUUCCUACAUACGAUUUUGUGUGUCCUAUUGUUGAUUCUAUUGAGGGGGUGACUGUUGUCUGCAGAGCGAAUGAAUAUAAAGACAGAAAUGAGCAAUAUAAAUGGUUUUUAGAAAAUUUAAAAUUAGAAAAUAAACCAGAAUUUAAUGAUUUUUCUAAACUUAAUUUAGAGGAUACUGUUUUAAGUAAAAGAAAAAUAGAUAAAUUAAUAAGUGAUUCAUUAGUCACUGGAUGGGAUGAUCCACGUCUAGCAACUAUACAAGGAAUAAAGAGACUUGGUAUGCAUAUGACAGCUCUUAAAGAUUAUAUUAAUUUACAAGGAGCUUCUAAUAAAACUAAUGUUAUAUCGUGGGAUAAAAUAUGGGCUAUGAAUAAAAAGGUAAUUGAUCCGCUUAGUCCAAGAUUCAUGGCAGUAGAGAAGAUAAACUGUAUUAGAGUGUUUAUCACUAACUUUGAAGGAUUAAAAUACACUAAAAAUAUUCCUUUAAACAAGAAAAAUACAUCAUUGGGUUCUAAAGACGUUCUUUUUAGUGACACUCUGCUUUUUUCACAGGAGGAUGGUUUUGUUCUUAAAGAAAAUGAAGAGUUUACACUUAUGAACUGGGGGAAUGCGAUAGUAGAAAAGAAGGUAGUAGAAAACAGUAUUGUUACAGAAUUAUACAUAAAACUUCAUUUAGAAGGAGAUUAUAAAUCUACCACCAAUAAAAUAUCUUGGGUAUCAGAAUCAGGUGCUGUUACUGCUACUGGAAUAGAAUAUGGUAACCUUUUAGUCAAUGAAGAAUUUAAUAUUAAUAGUAAGAUAGAUAAACAAUACUAUGUUGAGUCAUCUAUUACAAAUUUAUCUACUGAUAUGAAGCAUGUACAAUUUGAAAGAAUAGGGUUUUUUUAUUGUGAUAGCCCUUGUGUCUUCCAUUUAGUACCUUUUACUAAACAGAAAAGAACCUAUUAA